AUUCAUUGCAAUGAAAAGGGUGGGGCUGGUGACCUGCAAACACUAAAAAUGAAGGCAUUUUUGUUCUUUUAUUUGUGCUGUCUCUCACUCUUCUCUCCUUCUCUCUCAGCUUCUACUCCAAACAUUCUCUUCGUCCUCACUGAUGAUCAAGACGUCACUGCCAACUCUCUUGACUACAUGCCUAAUCUGGGCAGGAUUUUCCGCAAGGAAGGAAUGGAGUUCCUCAAUUACUUUGUGACCACAGCCCUCUGCUGUCCUAGCCGCUCUACCAUUAUAAAAGGUCAGUAUUGCCACAACACUGGAAUAUGGGACAAUGGUGAUCUCAACAAUUCCACUUUUCAGAGUGGAGGGUUUGCAAAAUGGAUAGAGGAAGGUCUCCAUAACACGACCAUAGCUACCAUGAUACAAUCCCUUGGCUACGAGACCUUCCUCAUCGGGAAAUACCUCAAUGGGUAUAGUGAUGCACAUGCUGAUGUAGUGCCCCCAGGCUGGGACUACUGGCAUGGAAUGACAGACACUGCGUACUAUGGGCCUCAUUUUUCAGACAAUGGGAAGCUCCUUAAGGUACCCAAAGAGGUUUAUCAAACUGAUUACAUUUCAGAGACAGCUACCACUCUACUCAAGAAGAGGUCACCAAACAAGCCGUUCUUCAUGUACCUCUCCCCCUUUGCUCCUCAUGCUCCUUCAAUACCAGCUCACAGACACGAGAACCUUUUCAAUGAUAAACAAGCUCCUCGGACGGUUUCUUUUAAUCCUGACGAUAAGGUCCAAAAGGAGAAACCCUCUUGGCUGGGACAUCUUCCAAAACUGACAGACAAGCAAAUUGAUAGCAUUGACAACUUUUAUAGGAAUCGUUUGAGAGCUUUACAAGCAGUUGAUGAAAUGUUAGUGAGUUUAGAAGAAACACUAAAGGGAACAGGAGAAUGGGACAAUACUUAUGUAUUCUACAUGGGGGACAAUGGCCAGCACCUUGGGGACUACAGACUGCCUGGAGGAAAGAGACAAGCGUAUGACACUGAUAUACGAGUACCCUUCCUUGUACGUGGUCCAGGGAUCAAGGGAGGGUUAAAGGUAACUGAAAUUGUGCAAAAUAUUGAUCUAAUGCCCACCUGGGUCAACCUUGCUGGAGGUACGAUACCAUCCACUUAUGUGAGUGAUGGCAAGAGCAUAGUUCCUCUUUUAUCAAAAACUGGCGGGACACAACCAGCUGUUAAUGAGUUCCGCUCUGUCAGUUUAGCUGAGAUGUAUGGUGGUUCUUCAAAUAUGGGGGGCUAUAGCGGUAUGCCUGGAUAUGAGAAAGGAAGGUUCUGGAACAAUACGUAUCAGGCAUUAAGAGUCAUCAAUGGAUCAGACUGGGCCAGUGGUGCCAACUGGCUGUAUGCCCAAUGGUGCACUGGAGAGAGCGAGUUCUAUGAUUCCGAUAAAGACCCUAGACAAGUCUCCAAUACUGUAGCUGAGGUCAGCUCUACUCAACUUGCAAUGCUCUCCAACCUAGUCUCUCAACUUGGUAACUGCAAAGGUGCCCAAUGCCACAGCAUUGAUUAUGUACAAAUAAGGAGAGAGGUUGAGAAUGGGGUCAUAAAGAAGCCAACAUGGAACCUUCCUUGUCAUAAUCCUCCAGACAUGAAGAGAGGAGAUGCUUCAGAGCUUUGGGAGACAGCAGAUAUUGACGGAUUGACAGUUGAGGAUUGUUCCUUUGUCCUUAGUGAUGGUUUUCCUUAUUCUGAUGAUGAAGUUGUUCCUGAGCAGUAUCUCUCUGUUUGGAACAAGUGCCAGCACAACAUGUAGGCACAUUCUGCUGCUCUAGUAAACUGCUGAUGCUGUGCUGACUGCUACAGAUUGUUAUUAAAAAAAGAUUUUUGAUUCAAAUAUUUGAGCAAAAGCA